AUGCCAGCUGGAGCUUCAACCAUUUCUGAUGAUUUUAUGUUGCAGGAAGAUGUAAAACUCAUGGUGGGAAUAGACCUUGAUGCCUAUAGGUUAUCCAUUUCUUGGUCAAGAUUGAUUCCAAAUGGUAGAGGACCCAUUAAUCCCAAGGGAUUGCAAUUCUAUAACAAUCUCAUCAAUGAACUCAUUAGUAGUGGAAUCCAACCACAUGUAACACUACACAAUUAUGAUCUUCCACAGGCACUCGAAGAUGAAUAUGGGGGAUGGAUUAGUCCUAAAAUCAUAAGAGACUUCAUAAAUUAUGCAGAAGUGUGUCUCAGAGAGUUCGGUGACAGAGUCUUAUAUUGGAAUACUAUGAACGAGUCAAACGUGUUCACCAUAGGUGGUUAUGAUCAAGGAACAACCCCACCUACACGAUAUUCGCCCCCAUUUUUCCAGAAAUAUAACAGCAGUAGGGGUGACUCCAUAACUGAGCCUUAUUUGGCAGUUCAUCAUAUUUUGCUAUCACAUUCUUCAGUAGUGAGAUUGUAUAGAAGAAAGUAUAAGAUUAUUCUUCCUACAAAUGAUACAGAUGAAGACUGGGUAGCCACUCAAAGAGCCCGUGAUUUUUUUAUUGCUAAGUCCUUACAAGAUGCGUUGAAGCAAUUAUAUCUGAUUGAUGUUAUUGAUGAAAAUGGUGCAAUUACAAGUAUUGGACAGAAAAUGGCUGAGCUUUCAUUAGAACCUUCCUUAUCACGAACCUUGAUGGAGGCAAAUGAUUAUGGUUGCAUACCUGAGGCUUUGACUAUUGUUGUCAUGUUAUCAGCUAAAACUACAUUGCUUCCUCUCUCUCAUAUUAUUUCAACAACAAGAGUAAUGCAAAUCAUUAUAAUGCAUUGUGCCAUUGGUAAAGUAGUGUGA